GGCGGACCCUCCCUGUCAAGUCGCGCCCUGGUGGGAUGAGAAUUGCCCGGAAUGAGCCCACSAUGAAGAUGAUCGAGAGCGUGGACUCCGCCGUGACCCGGUCCAGCGAGGACCUCUGGGCCGAGAUCUGCUCCUGUCUGCCGCAUCCCGAGCACAAGGAUGCSGGCGAUGCUUUCACAGACUCCUUCACGGAUUCCUACGCGGAGGGMAGCGGAUCGGGUGGCUCUUCCCAAGCCACCCCGAAGCCCUGGGCACCYCUGAACGACUCAGAGGUGUAUUUAGCAUCCCUGGAGAGAAGGCUGAUGAGGAUCAAAGGCCUGUCGGAGGAGGUGACCUCCAAGGACAUGCUGCRCACGCUGUCCCAGGCCAAGAAGGAAUGCUGGGACCGCUUCCUGCAGGAGAAAUUCGAGGCAGAGUGUUACGUUGAGGGCCACGAUGCUGAUGAGAGCACACUGGAGCACCUGAAGCGCUGGCUGCAGCCUGACAAAGUGGCCAUCAGCUCCGAGGAGGUGCAGUGCCUCAUCCCACCCGAAUCACAGCCGGAGAAGCCGGAGGCCGAGGAGGAGCCUCCGACUGCRGAGCAGUGAGAGCCCCCCGUGCCCGGGGCUGCCUCUGCUCCCAGCCCCCAGCAGCUUGGACCCAGACACAGGAAUAACAGGGAGAUGGGCACAGAGCAAAUUAUCAGUAAUUGAAAAGCAAAUUUUAAAAAGAAAGAAGCCCCAGCGCACCAAAUUCUAGCUCUGGAGCUCUGCAGACAGUGACUGGCACUGGCAGGGAUGAGAGGGAAUGCCUGUGACACAGGCUGAACUUUGCACUGACCUCCCAGCUACAGCCACCUCAUCAUUCCAUCCUGGGUGUGGAUUGUUUGGAAUCCAUCAGAAGACACAUUAAACAGCAACAACAAAAAGCAGCAGCUGUUGAGAAGCACCAGAAAACAUCACGGCCUUGAACAGAGCAGAGAAACCACUAAAUCACCUUUUCUUCCUGUCUCGUACCUUUCUAUUACUCAGUUGGGCAUUUUUUCCUCCCUUGCCAAGUCCAGUGUGGUGUUUUUUCCAGAUGUUUACUGUUUCAGUCUGACUUGGCCCCAAGACGUGCCAGGAAGAAGAUGGAUACUUCUCMCCUCUGUGAAUUUGGGACCCUGAAGGAAGCUCUCACGGCAGUCAAUAAAUUGAUGGUGUCAGUGAUUUUGUAGCUAUUUCACAUUCCUUUCUGUAAUGUACCCCCUAAUAUCCCACCUUAUUCCCCAACUCUCURUUAYAGACUAGAGGGGGAAUAUUUUUCCUCUUCCUGGUCAUUUUGUACCUKUUCUUUGUCCCUUCAGCCUCUCCAGAAGAAGAUCAGGUGAGAUUCUGCAUUGGGAAAUAGAGAGUGGUAGCCAGGGAGGCUACAAACAACUUGUUUUCAUCACAGAACUGCAUAGAAUUCUCUGACUUGAAAUAUAUUUAGUAUUUAAUGGUUUUGUUCACCAUGCUUAACUCUGCAGAGGGUUAUUUCCCUUUAUUAAUCCAAGAACCUGAUUUUGUGUUGAUUUUUUGUUGAUCUGUGUGUUCUACCUUGGCUCCAACACUGGAGGUCGGUAGAGGGAAGCAGCACAGUCUGUCAGAGCUCCUUAGGAGAAAUUGUGGUUCUAGGAGUUAAUCCACACAGGAUUCAUACCGUGUUCAUUGAUGUAUCUGUUUGAAAAUACAUUUGUAGGAGGAAAUUCUUGCUGUAGCCUCCUCAUUUCCCAUCUCUGUACCCGAAUAGAGGUGCUGCACUCUCAGUCACUGAGUCACAACGCAGAGAUUGYUUCCACCAUCAGCUUUCCCAGCGUGAUUCCCACUCCAGGCUCACCUCCCAUUCUCCAUUAAAACAACCCCUUGUUUUUUUAAACCUUGAGAAAUGUGGUGAAUCAUCUGAAUGCCAGUGAUGCACGACUCGCAAGCCUCAUGUCUUGCUGGUUUGGUCAUUAAAUGUCCCUUUUUWAAAUUUAUCCUUAACGUCCCUUUUAAUUUAUCCUUAAGCUGUCCUUUAUUACAUUAWGUUUGUGUUCUUGUGCAAAUCCCUCUCACCUGUGAUGUUACAAAGCUGUGACAAAGAUGCAGAACUCUGAGCYGUUCCCAGAAAUGGUUUGUGCAGAGAAAGAAAGCAGCAGUUUCUCUGUCCCCAGCUGAUUUCCCAGUCAAUAAAAUUCCUCCUUGUCGUUAGCAAGUACUGUGAGGAUGCUUUGUAUUAUUUUAUCUAUUGUUACACACAUCUGAGGAAGAAAUGUAUCCAGAAGAACUGUAGUGAAAUAAUUCCACAAAUGUUUCCUUUAGAGAAGAGAUCUGAGGGAGCAGUUCUUACCAUUUCAUUUGUAAAAAUAUUAACCAUUCCAAGAUUCUCUGACUUGCUUUAUGGAAACAUAYAGGGCAAAAGAAAAUCCAACUGAUYAUUGUGAAGAUUGAGCCAUAAUUUCUUUAAAUUAAUAUGUUUGAUGGAGUUAGCUUGUUUUUCCCCUCCCAUAUAUAAUAAAUAUUGUAAUAUGCAUAUAAUUAUUUAUAAUUAAAUUA